AUGACCAUCGGCAAGGCCUGUGCCCAUUAUAUGGACAUGGUGCGGGUGGAGAAGUUCCGGGAGGCUUUGGACGAUGCCAAAUACAACCACAACCUCCUCCAGGAGCAUCUGCGGGCGGAUGAGCAGGUGGCGGCCGCCGGCAAGGAGUGCGACGACGAGGCGGGGGAGGCAUUGUUCGGCGAGAUCAACGAGGAGGACAUCGCCGAGGCCGUGCCCCGGCGCCACGACCAUGAAGAAGUCGGCAUGUCCGCGGUACCCCACUCAGACUCACAGUUCAAAUUACGUAGUCAAUGCCAGCAAGCUCCAACACCCUCCGCCCUCCAGCACUCUCUCGGCCCUCCAACUCCAAGAUCUGAAUCAAGAAAACCGCCGGCGAUGGGCUGCUUGGGCCGGUGCUGGGACAAAUGCAAGUGGCCACUAGCGUGCUUCACCGCCCUCGCCGCCGUCAUCAUCAUCGUCGUCAUGGUCGCCGCCUACAGCUUCGCCAUCCAGCCAUCCAUCACCGUCGAGGACGCCUCGCUGGCCAGGUUCGCGCUGGCGACCACCCCGACGACGUCGCUCGGGUACAACCUCUCGCUGCGGCUCGUCGUCCGCAACCGCAACUGGGCGACGACCAUGAAGAACACGGAGCCGCUUGAGGCGGCGUACAAGUUCGACGGCCAGCAGUUCGACCGCGUGCAGGUCGCCGACAAGGGCGACAAGCACGGCCCCAGGAAGACCCGGGUGUACCGCCUCGUCACGGGCCAAGAGAGCGGCUACGUGGCGCUGGGCAACGCCGGCGUCGCCGCGUACAAGGAGCAGAACAAGACGGGGGAGUUCGAGCUGGAGGUGGCGGUCACCGGCGAGGUGCGGUACACGCUGCAGCUGAAGAAGAACAAGCUGGCGGGGACCUGCAAACUCAAGCUUAAGCUCGACUCGCCGGCGACGGCCUCCGUUGUGUUCGAGAGGGUGAAAUGCAAGCUCGAGAAGGAGAAGAAGGACAAUGAGUAGUUAAUUUGCUAGCUACUACUGUGUACUGUAUGGUUUUCAUCCAAAGUUCCAAGCAAUCUAUGGCGGUCGAGUAGUUGUAGUUGUAGUACCUCUCGUUUAUUUGAUUCCUUCAUUAUGUAAAAAGAUUUUCGUUCGUGAAUCUUGGUUUCUAGCAUU